AUGCCACCGGAUAUAAGCAAUCGUACGCGUGUGAGCGUCGACAAAUUAUUGUACAGUCGUGACGUGCCGUCCAUCAUGCCGGGUGUUUGCAGCGAUCCGAACUUUUUCGAGACUACCGUCGAGCCGCUGCUCGUGGCCGGCCGUGAGGGUGAUCUAUGCGAGUGGCUCAAGAAAAACGGACUGAUUGCCAAGGAACAGAAGUGCCCGAACUCCAAGUGCCUAACCACGGACAAGAUGCAGUGGCAUCGCGCACGCGUCGUCGACAAGUUCAACUGGAUGUGCCUAGCGUGCAAGAAAAGGGUGCCAGUUAGGAAUUUGUCCUUCUUCGCUGAUUUCAAGUGCGAGCUGAGUUAUGCGCUGAGAGUCAUUGACGGUUGGUGUAAGAACAUGCCGCUUAGCGAUUUCGGUGGUGAAUGCAAAAACAAAGUAAAUCUGGCCAAACGUAUUUACACUGCAUGUACUCAAGUAUCUGAGUGGCAGUUGAAAAAAAUUGUUGGUGACUUCAAACUGGGUGGCCCGGAUGUUGUAGUCAUCGUAGAUGUGUUUCCAGAUGGUAACAUGAGUUUGGAAGUACCAACCACGUCUCAUAAUAAUAACUUUUCCAAAAGAGUGCUAUGCAUUGCCGAUACUGCCCACGUUCCUGUUCGUGUGUGGGCAAGCCUUCUGGAUGGAUCUAAUAAAGAGAAUUCUAAAAUAGUAGAAAUGGUGAAAAACCAUGUAAUGCUGGGUUCAACUAUUGUAACAAAUGAAAUGUUAUAUCCAUUGUUGCACAAUUUACCUGGAAUAGGAGAAGUUAUAAGCACAGAAGCAUUGAUGAAUUUGGACAUUAACCACGAUCACAAAUCUUUAAAAAAUUUAGAAACAAUAUGGGCUACCACCGUAGAAGCCUGUAUUCACUUACAAGACUUGAGUACAACACUUGCUGAACAGCAUCUAAUAGAACUACAGUGGAGACAAAUGUAUGGAUUUGUAGCGUUUCCUUCCUUGAUACAACAUAUUGUUGAGUAUACAGCUUACCAAAACCCAAAAUGUCCACCUUUGCCAAGCAUUUGGCCAACAAAUUAA